ACAAAGUGAAAUGUAAUCAGACGAUAUACUUUUAUUAAUGCUGUAGAAGAAACAGGAAAAUUUCCAUUAGCACACCAGUCUUAGAGACAAAAGAAAAAAGUAAAGGUCUGCAACAUGAAAGCCACAGGCAUCACAAUCCUCUUUUGGACUCUCGCCAUGAUACUAUUAUCAGACAAAAGCCAGUCUUCUAAAACAGAAGUUCAAUAUAAUUUCACUGAAAAGAAUUAUUCCUUGAUUCCAGCAGAUAUCAAGAAAGAUGUUACUAUACUUGAUCUCAGUUAUAACCAAAUUACUCUUAAUGUUAGGGACACACAAAUCAUACAAACAUACUUUUUACUCACAGAGCUCUAUUUGAUUGAGAACAAUGUUACUAUCUUAUAUAGUAACAGUUUUUGUAACCUCUCCAAUCUAGAAAUUUUAAAUAUCUGUAGAAAUUCCAUAUAUGUAAUUCAACAAGGCGCAUUUUUAGGCUUAAAUAAGCUAACACAGUUAUAUCUUUGCCAUAACAAAAUAGAACAACUGAAUGCUGAUAUAUUUGUGCCUCUGAGAAACCUAAAACUACUGAAUCUGCAAGGCAAUUUGAUAAGCUAUUUGGAGGUACCACCACUAUUUCAUCUGGAAUUAAUAACUUUAUAUGGAAACCUAUGGAACUGCUCUUGUAGUCUAUUUAAUUUACAGAACUGGUUGAACACAUCAAAUGUGACAUUAGAAAACGAGAACAUCACCACGUGUAGCUACCCCAACAGCCUGAAGAGCUACAAUAUCAAAACAGUACCUCAUACGGCUGAAUGCCACUCAAAAUUUUCUUCACUUAUCACUGAAGAUCUUUAUAUUCAUUUUCAGCCCAUCAGCAAUUCAACAUUUAAUAGCUCUUUGAACAACUUAACAAGAAAUUCAGAACAUGAACCUCUUGGAAAAAGUUGGGCUUUUCUUGUUGGUGUUGUUGUCACUGUACUCAUGACUUCACUUCUCAUUUUUAUUGCUAUCAAAUGCCCAAUAUGGUACAAUAUUCUGCUUAGUUAUAAUCAUCAUCGCCUAGAAGAGCAUGAAGCAGAAACCUAUGAAGAUAGUUUUACUGGAAAUCCAAGCCCUCUUUCCCAGAUGCCAGAAACAAACUCUGAAGAAACUACAGUAAUAUUUGAACAAUUACAUUCAUUUGUGAUAGAUGAUGAUGGAUUUAUUGAAGACAAAUAUAUAGAUGUCCAUGAAUUAUGUGAAGAAAACUAAUUUUUUUUCAAAGUUUGCUUUUUAAAACAAAGUUAGAAGCUCACUCACAGUUUAGAUAUGGGGAUUUUACCAUGUGGCAUACCAAAAUAUAGUUAGCAGACAUUCAUAUUAAUUACGACAUACAUGAAUAUCAUAAAAUUAUGUUAUCUGCAUUGUACUGAGCAAGCGGGUGCAAAUACAAUAACUGACACUCCUUGGUAGCUGACAGUUACAUAGUUAGUCUACAAUACUAGCACUACUAUUCUUAACAGUGUUCAGGUAACCAUACAGACUAGUAAAAAGGCCUAAAGUAGGCAGGGAGCGUUAGCUCACGCCUGUAAUCACAGCACUUUGGGAGGCCGAGGCGGGCGGAUCACGAGGUCAAGAGAUUGAAACCACCCUGACCAACAUGGUGAAACCCCGUCUCUACUAAAAAAUACAAAAAUGAUCUGGGCCUGGUUGUGGGAGCUUGUAGUCCCAGCUACUCAGAAGGCUGAGGCAGAAGAAUCUCAGCUCACUGCAACCUCCACCGCCCGGUGUCAGAGCAAGACUCCCUCUCAAAAAAAGGCUUAAAGUAAAUUAUUCAUUAAUUAAAAUGAAUGGAUUCUCAUGUUAACAGAGAUAUUUGACAUAAUAUGUAUUAAAUUAUACUACGGUCUCAAUCAGUAAAGAAAUAAAUGUUUGGGAUUUAUUAAUAUACGGUAAGUCAAAGUGAGGGAACAGAGACAGCUUAAAUAAUACACUAAGAUUGAUUUUACGCUCACAGAAUAAAUUCACAGAGUUGGAAAAUCUUUUUUUGAAAUGCUUCCUGAAUUAGCACAUUAAAUUUCCUUAAAAUUUAAGCCACAAGGACAAUGUUCAGACAUAUCCCUAAUAACUCACUAUUGAUUCUGGUUAUGACGAAAGGCUGUCACCAUAAUGCAGUAUCACUAUAGUUUAACAUCAUAGUGGCUUCCAAAGUGGGCAUUACAAUUAUGUAUGAAUCUUUUUUUUCAAUUGGUCUGUGCUGGGACUGGGAGACUUUUUUUUCAAUUGGUCUGUGCUGGGACUGAGGAAUCUUCAGUUCGUCCAUGGACAGCUGUUUCUAUCUAUUUGGUGGAGAUAGCAAUGUUUCCCAAAUUGUUUUCCUAGAAUACUAAUUUCCAGAGAGACAUUCACAAGUAUUGACAGAAGAAAAGGGUAUCUGAGGCCGGGCGCGGUGGCUCACACCUAUAAUCCCAGCACUUUGGGAGGCCGAGGCGGGUGGAUCACAAGGUCAAGAGAUCGAGACCAUCCUGGUCAACAUGAUGAAACCCCGUCUCUACUAAAAAUACAAAAAUUAGCUGGGCACAGUGGCGCGUGCCUGUAGUCCCAGCUAUUCGGGAGGCUGAGGCAGGAGAAUUGCUUGAACCCAGGAGGCGGAGGUUGCGGUGAGCCAAGAUCGCGCCAUUGCACUCCAGCCUGGGUAACAAGAGCGAAACUCCGUCUCAAAAAAAAAAAAAAAAAAAAGAAAGAAAGAAAGAAAAGGGUAUCUGGUCAAAUUGCUAUAUAAAAAACUAGGUUUAAACAAAGUGAAACAAGAUUCUUUACCACAGGAUUUAUAUAAGACUUUACUAGGCCAAACUGUCCUCUGAUUAUUCAAGAGCAAGGUAUUAAAAAUUUCUCAAACUUACUUGACAACACAACCCAUUCUUUGAGUUAUAUCUUAUAAGAGCUCAUAGUUCCAUAACAAUCCAAAGAACAUACUUUGAAAAACGCUGGCCUAUAGACCGCAAUAGGAAGGGUCUAAGGUGAAUUAUUUACCAAUUCCUUAUAAUCAAUUGGCUACAAUCAGAAUUUAGUAAUUUAUCAAUGCAAACAGUGGCAUUAAAAACUGUAGCACAAUCUGUAAUUUUACCUUCAUAUGCAGAGAAAUUAAGAAUUUGUGUCUUUUAGAAAUAAGUGUAUCUCUGAAACACUGAAAUACAUUUAUGGGUGAAAUUAUAUUUCUGGUAUUUUCUUCAUUAUAACACAUGGAAUGGAACAGUGGCUACAGGCAUGGACGGAGCAAGGUUAAAUAUGAGCUGAUGGAGCAGGGAGCUCAGUACAUAAGGGUAUAAUAUGCUAUUUCUGUGUAUGUUCAAAUUUCUCUAUAAUAAAGUUUUAAAAAUUUGUAUGUACUUGACAAUUCCUUAGCGAAAAGAGACUAAAAUAAAAUAGAUCUAUGUCAUAAUCUACUGAAGAGUUAUUUAGAAAGUUACACAAAUCAUAAAUUCAGUACAAAUGUCUACUGAGAGAAAAUAAAAACUAUUUAGGAUGAUAUACCUGUAAAAUAGAAGAACUUACUAAUUUAUGAUACAUACAUACUUGUGUUUAUAGAAACAUGUCUUCAACAAAGGAUAUAAGUAUAUUAUGACUAAUAUUUCUUUAUAUACCAAUUAUGCUUCGUUUUAAAUCUCAAUUAUGAGAUUAUAGGAACAUAAAAUACCUUUUUCUAAAUAAUGUAUAAUUCUCCCAAAAUAUUUCCUAAUUAUAGGAUGCAAAUAUUAAUAUUUUGGAAAUGUAGCAAAAUGAAAUAUAAUUACAGAGGAGCAAAGAUUACACUUAAGCUUUUAUAUUCAAGGGCCUCUAUUGAAUAUGGGGUAUUCAAUAGUAUCUAACCAAAUAAAGAAAAAUAAAUGGGUAUAAAACUAUGUUUACAUAUAUUUUUAUAGGACAACUGAUCUUGACUAAUACCAAACUAGAAAAUGUAGAAUUAGAAGAGAAUCACUAGUUCAAACAAGCCUGUGAAACUGAAGUAAAGCCAGGUGUCUUACAUAUUGUUGUAGUCAUAUAUUGAGGCUGUUUUCCAACUUUUUAUGGACAAGUUUUCCAUAAUAAACCAGAUGGUCAGACCACACUAAAUGGUUGUACCAAAAGAGAAUGAAAACAGAAGCUUUUUGCAACUGCCUUCUCAAGGUAUGGCAUUUCUUGGUCGCUCUGGACAUGUAGAGUCAAGAUAGAUCUUUGUGUUACGGAGAUGCUGUCCAUCUGGUUAACACAAAAAGUAAAUCUAUUCUCCUGCUCUAUAUAAAAGUAAACUUCUAACCAUAAUUUUUGUUCUUUUUUUUUUUUUUUUUUUUU